AUGUCAUUUAAUAACCUUGCUUUUAAUAUAUCAAAAUCAACACCAACCACUUCAACAAAUAAUACAAAUACAACAUCUUCAAUAAAUUCAACUUCCCACACUCACAGUCAAAAUAAUAAUGAUAAUGAUUAUGAUAAUAGAAAAGAUUUAAGAACUCCAUCACUGCCAUUAGCUACAUUUACAACGUCUGAUAUACCAGCAUCACCAAAACCAAUAUUAUCUAAUAUUUUAAAAACAAAUUUAGAAAGUACUUCUUCAAUUAUACAACCAAUUUUAACUAAAGAUGAAAAUAUAACUUCUUCUCCGCAUAGACCAGAUUCAAAAACUGACUUAAUUGAAUUAUUUGAUAAAUUUGAUGUUAAGAAAGAUGCUGAUAAGGAUAAAGAUGGUGAAAAUAAUUUAAAUAAUGAGAAAUUGAGUCAUGAAGAUGAUGAAGAACAUGAAACAAAGUUGGAGAAAAUGACCCUGGAUAAUGAGGAUGAUGAACCAAUAGAAGAAAAACUGUCAAAGCCUCAAACUAUACAAAAAGUAUCGGCUAGUAGUCAUUUAUCAAUUGGUAUACAACCUUAUAAUCCAGAAGAAAUAAUUACAGGUUCAUCAACAAAUCAAGAUAAUUCAAAAGAAAAUGAAAUUGAAGAUGGAGAAGAGGAAGUAGCUAAAGUGCAAGAAGAUGCUACUCAAAAUGAGGGAGUUAAUGCUAUACAACAAAAAGAUACUAUUGAAAAUGUGGAUGUUAAUGCUGUACAACAAAAACAUACUGAAAAUGAGGAAGUUCUGACCCAGCAAGAAGAUACUACUAAGAAUGAGGUAGCUAGUACCUUAGGUAAUCAAACAGAGGCUAAUUCAAAUUCCAAUGAUGGUCAAGAAAAGACAAAAGUUGAUGGAGAAAUUGUUGAUUUAGUUGGAAAUACCGAAGAACAAACAGGGGUAGAAGAAUACCAGAUUGAACCAGUAGGAACUUCAGGAGAAUCAAUAGAUAAUAAAGAAGAUCAUAAAAAAUCAAAAUUCAACAUUAAUUCUUCAGAACAACAUCAACAAUCACAUAAACCAUUUGAUUUUCAAACAUUUUUAGCUCAAUUACGUAAGAAAAGUGCUGAUCCAAUUGUAAGAUAUAUUAGAUCAUUUUUAGCAUCAUACAUUAAACAAGGUCAUACAUUUACAGCAGAACAACGUAUAAAAAUAAUUAAAGAUUUUAAACUUUUUAUGAAUGAAAAGUUUUUAUUAUAUGAACCAUUUAGUUCUAUGGAUUCAAUAGAUUUAGAAAAUUCAAGAGAAGGAUUAGAGAAAUUAAUUAUGAACAGGAUUCAUGAUUUAUGUUUUCCACCUGAUAUUGUAAAAAGUAGUCCAAAUGUCUACAUUCCAGAAAGUUUUCAAGUAGAUCUAAAUAAAGAUAAGGAAUUUAAAAAGCAAUUGGAAAAAUACGAUUACCUCAAAGCUGAUCACUUAGAGAUCAAUAGUGAUCUUAAUUCUAUAAAAGUUAAAGAUGAUUUAACUUUUCUAGAAUACGCAUGUCAAGAAUUGACUAAAAUAAAUAAUUAUAGGGCACCAAGAGAUAAGAUUAUAUGUAUUUUAAAUUCAUGUAAAAUAAUAUUUAGCUUUUUGAAGUUGACUAAAAAGGAAACAAAUGCAGAUUCAUUCAUACCAAUUUUAAUAUUAGUCAUAAUGAAGAGUAAAAUAGAUGAUUUACAUUCAAACAUUUCAUACAUUAAAAACUUUAGAGGACCUGAAUGGUUAUUACAUGGUGAAACAAGUUAUUAUAUGGCAUCAAUUGAAGGUGCAAUUAAUUUUAUUGAAAAUUUAACAGUUGAAGAUAUUACUUUAACUAAAGAAGAAGAAGAUAAUUUAAAUACAUUAAAGGAGAUUUUUAUAGAUUUGGAUCCUAAAGUUUUAAAAGAACAAUUGAUAGAAAAUAAAGGCGAUUUAAAUGAAGCCUGUAUAUAUUUAAGUAGCUUUUAA